UUCUAUACAGGCAGAAGGUGAUGUGACUGACACACACAGGAGCUGCUGAAAACACAAGAAGAGUCCUCCACAACACAACACCGAUAAUGACGGGGUGACUGACGGUGGUGGGAUGCGAGGAGGGGAGAAGAUAAUAUUCCGCCGGGAAUAUAUUAACCUGAUUUAUACCACGAGGAAAAGUGGAGCGACACGUGCACACAGUGGGAAAUGAGAGGACAAGGUGCUGCAAAAUGAAGACACCUAUGCACCAUGGAGUUGCUGUGUUUCUCGUCAUCACUCUGUGCGCCAGCCUGUUCCUCGUCUACAACGGCGGUUUCCACGGUAGCACCAGUGAGAGCGGGAUGGCGGGUGCGGCAGGGGGGUCCAGAGACAGGAGCGAUGCCAGGAGAAGCUGGCAGACAGAGCAGCAGCAGAAAGCCUCAGUCAGACCAGCAGUCCUACAGGGAUACAGCAGCAUCAUCGACCACAAGCCUCUGAAAAUGCACUGCCAUAGCUGUGCGUUGGUGACCAGCUCCGGUCACCUGAUAGGUGGUGGUCGCGGCGAGGAGAUCGACCGGGCGGAGUGUGUGAUCCGUAUGAACGACGCCCCCACGGCGCGGGGCUAUGGUGGAGACGUUGGGCGCCGCACCUCGCUACGUGUCAUCGCUCACUCCAGCAUGCAGAGGGUCCUACGGAGCCGUCACGAACUGCUCAACGCAUCCCAGGACACAGUGUUUAUCUUCUGGGGGCCCAGUAAUUACAUGAGGCGAGAUGGGAAGGGUCUGGUCUACAACAACCUGAGGUUGAUGAACCAGGUGCUGCCCAAACUAAAGGUCUACAUGAUCUCCUGGCAGAAGAUGUUGCAGUCUGACGAACUCUUCAAGAGGGAGACGGGCAAGGACAGGCGUAUCUCCAACUCGUGGUUGAGUACUGGUUGGUUCACUAUGACCAUAGCUCUGGAGCUGUGUGACCGGAUCAAUGUCUAUGGCAUGGUGGCUCCAGACCACUGCAGAGAGCCCCAGCCCCCAUCUGUCCCCUACCACUACUACGAGCCCCUCGGUCCAGAGGAGUGUGCCAUGUACAUCAGCCACGAGCGAGGCCGCAGGGGCAGCCAUCACCGCUUUAUCACGGAGAAGAGGGUCUUCGCCAGCUGGGCUCGGACCUUCAACAUCCACUUCUACCAGCCUGACUGGGAGCCCCCGCCGCUGGCCCCCGCUAACCGCACGCCGCUAGCCCCCGCUAACCGCACGCAGGGGGAGACGGUCUCGGUCAGCAUACGUGACUGGCGACCAGAAAUGGAAGUUGGAUGGUGACAGUGAAAGCUGGGCAUCUGUGGAAAAGCUGUAACUCAAAUGGGACUGAGGACUGAGCUGGAGAUGGUGACCACAUGGGACGGUCCAAAGUCUUCUGACCACAACUGAAUGGUUCAUACAGUAGGAUACUGACUGCACAUGGUCCUUCACUGAGGAUCGACCGUCCUCCUCUAGCUAUCCGUCAUGGACAACUGUAGAAUAAUGACUGCAAAACGUCCUUCACUGAGGAUCGACUGUCCUCCUCUAGGCUGUCAUGGACGACUGGAAGGACCAAAUACAGCUGGCUGCUCCAUAGGCUACUAACCACAACUAGUUUGAGCUGGAUGGCCGUAAGGGUUACCGACCACUAGUGGUACACGGGGCAGCAACCGCCAGACUAGAUGUGAUAAAGUGAAAAUGUGAGGCCGCACCCAACCCUAACCCCUGACCCCUAACCCCUAACCCCUGACCUCUAACCCCUGACCCCUAACCCCUGACCCCUAACCCCUAACAUAGAAAAUGUAUAGUAGGCUACAGUCAGGGACUGUGGAUGUUUUUGACAAGAGGCACAGUAUUGUUUUAGCCUGAUCUCGAUGUGUUUCUGCUUUGAAUUUUGUUAGUCAACUUGUCUAUAGUUAGAUACAUGUAGCUUCUCGUCUGUCAUUACAUGUUGCCGUAGAAACUAAAUCAACCAGAAUAAUGUUGUACAUCGAUAGGAUGAACGCUUCUCUGCUUCUUUCAUGGCGAGAAGACCUUUAGGGACCGGGGAGAAAAUGCAACCUUUAGAGACCGGGGAGAAA